AUUCGCCGUCGUUACUGCUGUCAAGUUUCGUCGGCGCAGGUCUCUGCCGACAAAACAUCACGAAUUCUGCAGAAAAUUUUUUUGUUGCCAAUUAUUUCUUCAUAUUUUCACGAAAAAUAUUCGAUUUUUUUCGCAACUAACACAAUCAAUAUCCGGCAAUAAGGAUAUAUUUAAUGUUUUCUACAUUUAUUUGACCAUCCAUCAUGGAUAUGCAGCCAUCAUCACCUGAACUAAUGGUGUGUCAAGCGCUGUGCGCAGCCACCGAUAGCAAUCACGAAGUGGUACGUAAAGCUGAACUACAGCUGGCCGAAUGGGAAGGACAGCCGGGUUUUUUCACGACACUAACACGCAUAUGUCUAGCGGCUGUUGGUGGAAUGGAUCCAUCCAUUGCACCACAUUUGGAUGUGAAUGUGCGCUGGAUGGCGGUGGUGUAUUUGAAGAAUGGUAUAAACAAGUUCUGGCGUAAAGGAACUCGCCAGGAAUUGUCGCAGGAGGAGAAGCAACAAAUUAGGGAUUUACUAUUAGUACAUUUUGCCAAUGAACCCAUACCUCAGAUUUCCUUACAAAUAGCUGUUUUAAUGGCUCGUAUAGCUCGCAUAGAUUGUCCACGUGAUUGGCCUCAGUUGAUACCGGAACUAUUGAAGCGUCUGCAAGAGUUUGCUGCCAAUGUUGGUAGCUGUGAUGUUUACGAUUCCGGUGAACAGCAAAGAGUACUUUUAACUUUGCAUCAUGUAAUCAAGGCUUUAGCCUCCCGUCGCAUGAUGGCCGAAAAGAAGGUUUUCGAAGAGCUUACCAGCAAUAUUUAUGAAUUUAUUUACCAACUAUGGGAUACACUUUGUCCACUGUUCUUCCACCAAUUAAAGGAGGCGCCAUUCCUGGCCAAAACCACUUUGGAACGCUCGGUGUUAUGCACUAGAAUUUUGCGUAAAUUAACUAUAUUUGGUUAUUCGAAACCACAAUCUUCCGAAAUAUGCCUGCGUUUCGUCGAGAAACUAUUCGAGCGUCUUAAGCAGUGUUUGAAUUGUCGCUUUGAGUUGCGACAACUAAAUGCGGACGAACAAAUUAUAGCACUAUUGGAGAAAUUAAUAUUGAAACAGAUGAAGACUCUAUUGGAAUUCCAUGAAAUGCAUGCCGAGGCUUUUAAGAAUUUUGCCCCCAUGGCUUUGCAGUUCUCAUUCGACCAUGUCUUCCACAUAAGUGCUUAUCUUAUAUUCACCGAUAAUAUAAUAAAUUUUCGCCAAUUUGCCAUUCACUGUAUUAAUCUGAUGAAGGGUCUGAUGUCUCCGUUCUAUUGGCAAAAGAUCGACAACUCGUGGGACAAUGAAAAUAAUCGAGAAUUGGAAAUACGCACCUCGCUGGAGAAAUUCUUCACUGAAGAACGUUUGAGCUACAUUUGCGAAAAGAUUAUAACACACUAUUUUAUACUAACACAAAUUGAACUUGACCUAUGGCUAGAAGAUCCCGAGGAGUUUGCUCAAGAUGACAAUGGUGGCGACACAUGGAAAUAUGCCUUGAGACCAUGUGUGGAAACAUUAUUUGCUGCUUGUUUUGCUAGUUACCAAACACAAAUGUCAGCGGAAGUGGUUAAAUACAUACAGAAAGCCCAACAAAUACAGCUGACAGCGAGUUCCGAUCUUAAGGACAUUCUACUAAAAGAUGCAAUUUACAAUGCCGCCGGACAAGCGUCUCUACAUUUGUUCAAUGAACUGGACUUUGAUGCCUGGUUCAGUGGUCAGCUAUUGAAUGAGUUAAAAAUUGACUCAGACAAUUUUCGAAUAUUACGUAGACGCAUAAUUUGGCUGCUGGGAGAAUGGGCUGGUGUGAAAUUCUCACGAGACCUACGACCUCUGGCUUAUGAGGCUUGUUUACAUUUAUUGCGUCCCUCUGAAGAUAUGUCCAUUCGUCUGGCUUCAUCUAGAACGCUGUCAAUUUUAGUGUCAGACUUUGAUUUUGCACCCGAAGCAUUUUUGCCCUACUUGGAACCAUCGUUUAAUGCUCUGUUUGUGCUGUUGCGUGAAUCGAAAGAAUGCGAUACUAAAAUGAAAGUUUUGACAAUCAUGUCAUCGUUGGUGGAGAAAAUGAGUGAUAAUAUUGAACCGCAAGCUGAUAAUUUGAUAUCAUAUUUACCUUUGCUGUGGAAGGAGAGUGAAGAUUAUAGUAUGUUACGUUGUGCCAUUAUAUGCACACUACAACAAGUUGUUAAGGCCAUACGUGAUAUUCCCGAGAAAAUGCGUCCAUUCUUAUACAGUGUUAUUGCUCUGAGUACUGAUAUACAGGAACCUUCUCACAUCUAUCUUAUCGAAGAAGGCCUAUCACUGUGGGUGGCUGUGGUGGAAAAUUCGACCAGCAUGUCCGAGCAUCUCAUGAAUUUGUGUCGAAACAUAAUGCCCAUUAUAGAAAUGUCUUCGGAAAAUUUACGCACCGUAUUGGUGCUAAUACAGGCAUACAUCUUGCUAGACGCCCAUGCCUUCUUAGAACGUUAUGGACGUUCAUUUAUAGACUUUUGCAAUCGUAUGUUCGAUGAUAUACGUCCCGAAGGCAUAAGUUUGAUGUUGAAAGUACUAGAGAUUUGUCUAAAGACAGAUGCUAGCUAUGGCUUGGAGCUAGUACGACCUCUUUUACCAUACAUAUUCCGACAAGUAUACAGUAACAAAGAUUUUCCCAUGCUGAUGGGCAUGUAUCUAACAAUGGUGGCCCGUGUACUGUUAAUAAGUCAACAGGUGUUUAUGGAAGUUAUACAAGAACUGCAGCAGCCAGAUGCUUUGGAAAAGAUAUUGGAUGUGUGGAUCACAAAGAUGCCUUUGGUGACAGAGUUGGAAAAACUUAAACUAUUCUGUUUGGCCUUUCUGUCAAUAUUCUCUAAUAAUCCCAUAGUGUUGGAACGAUUUCCCGCCAUCAUGCAAAACAUUAGAGAUACAUUGUUUGAGGUAAUGCGCGAGGAUGAAGAUGAGGAAGAGCCGGAAGAUGCCAAUAAUCCGAAUAAAACAAAUGAAACUAAACAGGUCAAGUACUGUGAUUCAUUGGUUUUUGUCGAUGAGUAUGAUUUAGAUACGAGCAGUUAUUGCACCAUGGACGAUUUCGAUUAUAAAACCUAUCAUUAUGAUCGCUGCAGGCAAUUGUCUCUCAAAGAUCCGGUUCACAAAAUCUCCCUACCACAAUACAUCGAAUGGCAAUUGAAUAACCUGCGCACUCAAUUGGGCGAUGAGGCCUAUCAGCAACUAAUGCGUUCCGUUUAUCCAGGUGUAUUGGAAAAAUUUGGACAAUUUGCUAAUUUGCAAAUAACAUUUCCCAUUAAUUAGUGUCCCCUGAGGUGUGAUAUGAUGACACUUUAAAGAAAAGAAGAUGAUGAAAAUAACUAGAAUCUAAAAUGUUUCUACUAAAGAUGUAAGCGAUAUAUUGCAAACGACUCAAUUUGCAAAAUAAUGUCUGGCAUCUGUUGCUUAUUUCUAAGUUACUAUUCUAAUCAUUUAUAAUUUUUUGAUACCAAUGUAAAUUAUUUGAUGUAAUUUUUUUUUAUUAAUUUUAAUUUGUACACGAUUUUUUCUAAUUUUAGAACCCCACAACAACUAAACGCAUCUCUUAAGGCUGCGAUAUUAAUUUUAUAAAUUGUUUUGUUAAAAUGAGAAUAAAAGUAAUAAUUUC